AUGUCUGCACCGCUGGAAGGGAACCCGCACGUGUUUCUCGAUGUCAGGAUUGGCGAAGAGCGAGUGGGGAGGAUCGUGAUAGAGCUCUUCAGAGACGUCGUCCCGAAGACUGCCGAAAAUUUCCGAGCCCUGUGCACCGGAGAGAAGGGGAUCGGUUCCAUGGGGAAGCCCCUGCACUACAAGGGAUCCCCUUUCCACAAGUUGAUUCGCCGAUUCAUGGUCCAGGGGGGAGACUUCAUCCUGGGGGACGGGAGGGGCAGCGAGAGCAUCUACGGAUUCACAUUCCCGGACGAAAACUUCCGGCUCAAGCACGACCAGCCGGGCCUCCUGAGCAUGGCCAACAACGGGCCGGACAGCAACGGGUCGCAGUUCUUCCUGACCAUGGUGGCCACCCCCCACCUCGACGACAAGCACGUGGUCUUCGGGAGGGUGAGGAGGGGGAUGGGGGUGCUGCACGAGAUGGAGAACGUUCCCACGGGGGAGGGGGACGAGCCCCUGGAGCCCUGCUACAUCGCGGACUGCGGGGCAUUUGCCCCCGGAGAGGACUUCCGGUUGGGAGAGAGGGACGGCACGGAAGACGUCUACCCCCCCUUUCCGGAAGACUCGGACCUGGACUUCAACGAGGUUGAUCUGGUGUUGAAAGUUGCGGACAAAAUCAAAUUGUCGGGUAAUAUCUACUUCAGGAAGGAAGAUUAUGUCAAUGCGAAUAUGAAAUACAAGAAAGCUUUGAGGUACCUGAACAAACUGCACGAAACGAACGAGGCCUCCCCGAACGUAGAGAAGAGGAUGAAUGUCCUAGUGCUGCCCUGCAUUUUAAACAGUGCUGCUUGCAAGUUGAAGCUUAAAUUAUAUGACAGAGCUUUAGAAGAUUGCGAUGAGGCACUAGACAUUGAACCAAAGAACCCCAAGGCUCUUUACAGGAGAGGUCAGGCGUUCCAUGGGGUCAGUGACUACGAGAGGAGUUUAGCAGAUUUGCAGGAAGCCCUGAGGCUGGCACCCAAUGACCGAUCUGUCCUCGCAGAGCUGGCUGCAGUGCGGGGAGAAAUGCAAGCCUACAAAGCCAGGGAAAGGAAAGCGUAUGCGAAAUACUUCAUGUGAAGUCGGAUUCACCCCUCACCCCCUCCCUCCUGAGGGGAGAUUCUCCCGAGAGCACAAUCGAGCAUGGACUCUUUAGGGCCGGAUUUCCGUUUGUUUGUGCAGAUAAAGCAGAAACGU